AUGCAAACAAACACCAUCGAGACUCAACGGGACCCUGGCAGAACCCAGCACUGGCAGAUUUACGAUGAAAAGGAAUGGCCACCUCUGCAGAAGACUGCGUCAUCUACUCCAGCACCAGAAAGAAAAUUAUCACAGAUCAAGGCAACAACAAAGGCUCAAAGCAAAGUGCCUCAAGCUGCUGGAAUUCUACUGGAAAAUAGAUUUACGCCACUCUCCGAGACUCCUGACCCAGGGAAAGUUGGAACACCCAGCUCGAAAAGAGAGUUCAAUGGAGAGCCACAUUCGUACACACGUUUUAACUUGACCCAGAGCAUGGAAGGUGACAACAGUCACGUGGAGAUGAAGCUGUCAUCGGACAUGGAUGAAGAAGUUGGAGGAAAUGGAGUGGGAAUUCACUUGAAUCAUAACUCCAAGCACAAAUCCCAUAUGAUUUCAAAAUUAGGACGGACAUCCAAGAACCUUUGCUUUAUGGUAGCUAAAAUCCUCCUCAUCUUUCUCAUCGGGUACUUGAUUGGCUACUUGGUUCAUCGCAAAAAAGAUUUGGCUUACAGCUGUGAAGAAGCCUCCACGCAAGGGUAUGACGAGCCUUUCAUCCCAGAUACCGGAGCCGCUCCUAUCAUGGCCUGGAAUGAUGUCAAGAAUGCAUUUGCUCAGAAACUGACUUCAUCAAACUUCCAAACGGCCUUCCGUGAUUUUUCAAAGGUCAACCAUCGGGCUGGUUCACCAGGUGAUGAUGCUUUAGCAGACAAGAUCAUCAAGACGUUUAAAAAGUAUGGCUUAAAAACCUGGUCCGACGAGCACUUUAUCAAGGUUCAGGAUCGGCCACGUUCUGGCUUCAACAAAAUUAUUUUCAAGAAUAGCACCGAAGAGCAUCCAGAGGGAUUUCUGUCCUAUAGUGCCAAUGGAAAUGUGGAGGGAGCUGUCCUGUAUGCACACUAUGGCCGGGAAAGUGACUUUAGACUGCUGCAGAACUUAAACAUCAACAUGAGUCGCAGAAUUAUGUUGAUCCGAGCUGGAAAGCUCAGCUUUGCAGAAAAGGUAGCCAAUGCUGCAAAAAUGAACGCUUCUGCUGUUUUGAUCUACCGAGAUGUUGAUUUUCCUUCUGAAGGGACCACUCAGCUGUUCGGACAUGUCCAUCUGGGUUCAGGGGAUCCCUAUACCCCUGGCUUCCCCUCAUUCAACCACACGCAAUUCCCACCUGCUGAGUCUUCAGGUCUGCCCAGUAUCUUGGCUCAAACUCUCACAGAAAGCCAAGCAACAAGGAUUCUUAGACAGCUGGAGGGUGAAAAUGCACCAAAAGUGUGGGGAGUUUUCCACAAACUUGGUAGUGAGAGGGAUGUCAUUUCUGUGGAGGUGAAGAACGUUCUUUCUGAGAGAAAGAUAAACAAUGUCUUUGGGGUCAUCGAAGGCUUUGUGGAUGCAGAUCGAUAUGUGGUUAUCGGUGCCCAGAGGGAUGCCUGGGGUCCGGGUUUUGCUGCAUCGACUGUUGGCACUGGCGUUCUGGUGGAAAUGGCUCGUUCAAUCUCAGAUAUGCUCAAAAAGGAUGGGUUCAAGCCAAGAAGGAGCAUUGUUUUUGCAAGUUGGAGUGCCGGAGAAUAUGGAAGCAUUGGCGCUACUGAGUGGCUAGAGGGCUAUCUUUCUUCUCUUAAUAUGAAAGCCUUCGCUUACAUUAACCUUGAUGGAAUUGUGACAGGACAUAAUGGGUUUAAAGUAGCAGGAAGUCCUAUGAUGCACAGCUUAAUUGAACGCACUCUCAAAGAGGUUGGCCUCCAGAAUAAUGCCGUGUCCCUCUUUUCUCGCUUUGGAAAGGACAACUGGGAAUCUAACGUGUUGGAACCUCUGAAGAUGGAUAAUGCCGCUUAUCCUUUUACUGCCUUUACUGGCAUUCCAUCCCUGUCGUUUCGAUUCACUUCUGACGAUUUAGAUUAUCCCUAUUUUGGCACUUUGCUGGAUACCCAGGAGAAGUUGAUCUCUGUGACGUCCAACCAGUACCUGCAGUUGGCUGAAGCAGCUGCCAAGUUUGGAGGUUACAUAGUUCUGAGGCUGGUCCACGACCAUCUGCUGCAGAUGGACCUGUCAGAAUAUGACAAUAUAAUUCGUUCUAACGUGGCUCAGCUCAGUUUGAAAAUCAAUAAUGUACAGAGGUUGCAUCCUAAUCUGGUCCCCACAUCAGUGCAGUGGUUGAUCUCAGCCUCUGGGUCCUACAGUCGAGCCUCUCGUGACCUAAUGAAAGACAUUCAAAACAGUGACUUGAAUGAUGUAGAGAUGUGCCGCAUUUACAAUGAUCGCAUCAUGUCGGUAGAGAGGAAUUUACUCUCUGCAUAUGUGUCGGCCAGGGAAAGUCCUUACCGCCACAUCCUGCUCGGCUCUGGUCCGCACACACUCGAAGCACUGUCCGACUAUCUAGAUGGCGUCAAAGUAGACAGCCCAAAAGCUUAUGUCGACCACUUCCGCAACCAGUUUGCAUUGGCGACCUGGACAAUUCAGGGUUGUGCCAACGCAUUAGUAGGAGACAUGUGGUCAUUUGAUAAUGAAAUCUAA